AUGGUCAGCAAGGAGGACGUUGAGGAGCUCAUGGAGAAACUCUGCUCUGAGAAGGCGAAGGUCCGUAAAGAUGCAAUCAAGGAGCUUAACAGCUAUCUUAGCGGCUCUGGAGGGGGGGACUUCAUUGCAUGCCUAGACCAAGAGUCUGCAAGUCUUUAUGACAAGCGAGUCCGCAUUCCAGCUGCCUCCUGGCCGGGCGUGUUGCAAGCCCUUUGUCAAUGCAUACUCACAGAGGUCUUGGCAGCAAAGAAGAGGCCGCCAGAAACCCUUCUGGCGAAGACGUUCAAGCUGUACAUCCAAAAGGCGGAGGAAACCAAGAGGGAGGGAGGAAGGCUACAGAUGGGCAAGAAGACCUUCCACAACCUUGUGGACUUCUUCAUGUCAAAGGCUAUUGAUCUAGCACAUGGAAGGUUGCCUCGCACGGAGGAAGGGUUCAGAAACAUUGCCACUCUCCACAUGCUCCUCCAGCAUCCCCCUCGAGACCUGCCCGAAGAAGUGCGCGACGAUGUCUUCGAAGGCUUCACUCGCAUGUUCCCCAACCUCAAAGAUGAUGGCCGCUACUCCGAGAAGAUGCUAGCAGCCCUGAACGCGUUUCUUCUCUCUGACGGCCUUGACCUAGGGGACGAUGCUGCCAGACAGCACGCGGAAGUCCACACUUUUAUGCACUCCACCUGGCUUAACACCACCGAACGGCGCAUGAAGGCGACUCUGGUGGCAUAUGCCCGGUUGCAGAUGCAGCUCCAGGGGUUUCAGUUGAUGGAGGACGAGACGGGGGCUCUGUCAGACCUGGUAGACUUAGUCAGCAAGGACCUGGACCAGGGGGACGUGGGUGUCUCUGGCCGGGGUGCCGCACUGGGGGCGCGGGACAAACCCCAUGAAGAGCAGCUUGGCGGUGUGCAACCUCACGUGCGCUGUCUUCUGGAACUGGCCGCUGUGGUCUUCUCGGAAGCCGCUCGGUUCUCCUACGGCCCCGAGGAGGCAAACGGCUCCCGGAAGAGGCGCAAGAAGCAGCCAAUUCUCGAGCAAGUGCUGGAAAACACUUUGGCAGGGAAAGGCAGCUGGCCGGGGGCCUUUUGUCUCUUGGUGCACAGGCGCCAUGCAUUUCUUCCUCGAGAGACGCUCCUCAGCUGGCUGCAGGCGUUAGCGGGGGCUCUCCCUGGAUUCAUCAGUGCUGCCUCUGCAAGUCGCGCACCCGAGCCACUAGCUUGGAUGUUACGGUGUAUAGUGGAGCUCGCCGCCAAAUGGCCCGUAAAGUGGGAGGGCAACUCCGAGAGGCCGGCAGCAGAAGUUCGGAGCGAGGGGGCAAAGAUAGCCAGCACUUGGGGGUCGAUUUGGGAGGCAGCAGUCGAUCUUCUCCUCCACCAGGCAGCCGUUCCGAUGCUAUCCGAGGGGACCUUGCGCCUCUUGGGGUGCCUAGCAAGCAGAGGCCUUGUAGAAGCCGUGACCGCACCCCCCGAGCUGUUUGAGCUCAGAGUCUUCACCGAGACCUGCACCCACAGUGCCGUCCAUUUCGUCGCAGCCUUCUUUUCGGCUUUGGGGCCUCACUUCACAGAGCUCGGGCCCGAGCAGGUGGCGCAGCUGCGAUCGCGGCUUUUAAGUUGGAGCUUGCAAGUUCUGUCACCUAAGACGAGCACUGCCCGCGGCAAGCUGAGUGGUCAGACCCACGUCGAUCUCGUCUUACUCCAGAGCGCCCUCUUAGCACUGGCCGCGGGCUUCAGCAGCCAGCCAGACUCCCCCGACCCUCCUCCUCAGCAGCCGUACUGGGAACGGACAGCGUGGUGGAGCCCUGCGGACGAAACCGAGCGAGCGAUGGAAGAGGAGAUUGCCUCACUCGACCGCUCAGGCCGUACCCUGGCGUGCUUCGCAUCGCAACUAGCUCCGUCCCACAACUUUCCCCGUUCGCACCCUGGAAAGGGUCGGCUUCCGGGGCUGCUGACGGCCAGGCUGAUGAGCGACGCGGCUGGCGCCCUGUCGGAGGUGGUUCUGGGUGCGGUGGAGCAGUCGAAGCAGCAGCCCGACCCCGUGUUCCUGCUGGAAACGUGCGCCGCGUGUGCGCGGUGCCUGGAUGAAGUGGAGGCAGCCUGCAAAGACGGUUCCAUGCGCCCCCACCCUUCCUGGGGCCCCGGCGGCCCCACCCGUCAAGCCCUGGCCUGCGCCCUCGCUACCUGCACCGCCAUCCUCAACGGUUCACUGGCUCCAGCGGGGACUCCCGGUCGCAGCGAAGACGGCGCCUCCGCAGCCGCUCAGAAGCACUUCACACCGCAGCUGGCCGCAACUCUAGAGACACUCGUCGCGGCUUCGGACAGUGCGGUUCUGACAUCGGAAGAAGGUGGAGCGGAAGACGCGCAUGAGUCGGAGGCUCUUCUCGACGACCUGGCGAGAGCGGUUCACGAGGGGUUUAUUGCUGCAACAGAGGCAGAGGACGCAGCGGAGGGGUUUCAGGGUGUGGCGCCGAUGCAAGAGGACGGGGCUGGGGUCGCUCCGACAGUGCCCGACCGCAUUUAUGACGACGAUCUAGACGUGGGAAUGGAGGCGGGCUCGGCGGCCGCGGCCGCGGAUGCGAUCGGAACCGUGGCUAGUGGUUCUGCCGCUCUACGAAGCCGAGGGGGAAACGCUAUGGAGGAGUUUUUUCACACCCGGAGGCUUGCGUGUGUCAGAAUGAUGGCGGCGCUGGGGCGCCGGCGGCCGGUGUUCGUGGCGGACAAGGUGGGGCGGCUGUUGCGAGACGAGAAGAAAGGAGAGGUGCGCGCGCAGUUGCUCUCCGCUCUGUGCGAAAUGAUGGGCCCAGAGACGGUCAAGCACCUGCCGGUGGUCGUUACGGCGCUGGAGGACUCGCGCGAGGGGCUGGCGCUCAGUGAGGAGUCCCGGGUGGCGCUGCUGCGCAACGUGGAAACUCUUUCGGCCCGGCUCGCCUCGGAGGAAGUCCCCGAGCAGUACUUUGCGCGGGUCGCGGCGAUGUUCGGCGUGGUGCUCGACGAGAAGAUGGGGCUCCACCACUGGCGCUCGUACUGCCAGCUGGCAGACGCCCUCGCGGCGUUCAUGCAAGUCAGCCUGUCCGCGUCCGAGCCGUACAUCGACGCGCUGAUGGCCCUGAUGAAGAGCCCGCACUACCGGGUGCGCCGACACAUGGCGCGACUCGUUCCCAAGCUGUUGGCUAGCUUUCGGGACGAGGUCGUUCUGGACGAGAUCAUCGACCGAGUCGGGGUGCCGCUCCCGGUCGUCGGCAACCAGCGGCUGGUCACCUUCGCGGAGGUCCAGGCGUCGGAAGGAAGCCCGUCGGCGUACGGGGAAACGGCAGUCCUGAUACUCGCCGAAGCAGCGGCGGCUAGCGAGGUGGUGGAGCCGGAGACCGUCUUCAUGUUGUGCGCGCACGGUGCGGCGCACAAGGAGCACUGGGACCUGGUCGCGGCCGUGCUGGACUGCUUGGCCCGGCGGCUGGGCUACUCCGACCGCCACCUUCUCCUGGAGCAGCACCUCCCGGGGCUUCUGUCAAAGUGGGUGGCGGCCGGAGUGCCGUUGAUGUCAUUGGUUGCGUUCCGAGGGGUUCUGCACGGGCCCGGCAGCCCGCGAGAGUUCCUGCUCUGGUGCAUGGACCGUCUUUUGGGACCCCUGCUGUUGGCGGAGGACUUCGAGCAACUAGAGCGGGUCGCGGAGCUGGCGGGGGAGCCCCUGCCGGCGCUGCUGCGACAGCACUUCGCCACCGUCUUUGCAACGAUCAGCGCGGUGUACUGCGAGGAAGACAACUCCGAAGAAGACAGGGAGCGGCUAACCGGGAUCCUGCAAUCGUCGAUGCUGGAGGCGAUGGAGAUCACCGAGGCGGAGCGCGACGACCUGCUGAAGCGGUUCGGAGCCAGCGUCGUGACUCAGCUGCUCGCGCUCACGAGCGCCGCGCAGCAGCCGCAGCCGCCGUUUCAUUCCGGCCGGGUCAUCGGCGAGGCGAUCUGCACCCUGGUCGACGGUAUGAUCCUGCAAGAGGAGCGGCAUCCGCACAGCACGCUGCAGGACACGACGCAGAUCCUGCGUGCCGACAAGACGUUCCGCGUGUUGCUACAGCUGCACCUGUGGCUCGAACGCGCGGCGAGCCCGCGGCACAAGCGGGGGCUCCUGGCGGGGCUGGGAGUGCUGGUGAACGUGUUGGGCCAGCGAGUGACGAUUCCAAGCACGUUCCGCUACAUGGCACACAUCGUGCUGCAGCACGUCACCGAGCGCGCACUGCAGGCCCAGUGCUGCGAGCUGCUGCGAGCACUUCUGGACCAGAUGGACCUCGAACCGGACGAGGGGACAAUUCAAACCCUUGGCGACCAGCUCCAGUUCAUCGUCAGCAAGCUGGUCUCGUGCUGCUUCAAAACGCCCCUCGAAACCCCGCUUGAGCCCAGCGAGGGCGACCAGGAAGAAGAGUUCACGGCAAAGGAGUCGCCCCUCGUCUUCGAGCUGCUGCGGCGGCUGACGGUAGACGCGCCAGCAGAGCUGCACGAGUACAUCCGCGACUUGGACCCGUUCCCGGACCUGCCGGUGUUCGAACCACUGCGGGAGCUGCACGCGGAGCUGCGCACUGGCGUCUCGCUGGCGGACGACUUCGUGCACUUCGUCGACCGGGCGGCGCUCCUGCCACCGCAGGUGCGCGCUCGCAGCCUAGUCAGCCUGCGGGAGCAGUUGCAAGCGCGCAGGGCGGAGCUUUUCGUCAAGCGCAAACGAGAGGUGGGCAAGGAGGCAGAGUGGCAGUGCCGGCCGGACGUGGUUGCGGCCGCGUGGCGCCUGGUUCAACAGUGCGACCAGCAGGACAACGCGGAGAUGCGUGACGUGGCGGGGGCGUUCCUAGCUGCUGUGGGGUUGGGGGAUGCCCGGGCCGUUGCUUUUCAUCCUCCUGUCACCACCCCACAAGAAGCUGCCAACUCCAGGAAAGGGCCCGCUAAGCCGGCCGAGACGGAACAAAGAAGCCCCCGGGGGAGCACUCCUGGGCCAGCUACUGAGGAGCCGACCAGGGGGGUGAGCGUAGAUGCGGCGAUCGGGGUGUCCGACUCGGUCGUCCGGGAGGUCCUCGAGCUGCUCCAAGUGUACCUCCUCGACGAUGACGUCAGCACCAUCUCAGCGGUGGCGGACACGCUCAAGGGCCUCCUGGCAACCGACAAGGGCGCGGCGGUGUUGGAGUCGCUCCCGCCUGCCGAGCGCGCGUAUCUGGACGUGCACACGCGGGGGGUCAGCCUCGCGCGCGCGAACGAGAUGCUGCGGAAGUUUGCGGAGGAGUCGGCUGCGCUGGCGGGGGAUGUGGCGGACCCCGAGGUGUGGCGGCCCGAGGGAAAGACGCACGAGCAGUGGGUGUCGCGAUUGGUGCACGCGCUGAUCGAGCGCGUAGACGACGGCACGCUGCGGCUGUGCCAGCCGAUGGCGCUGCGGAAGGGACCCUUUGCGGAGCUGCUGCUGUCGCACGUGCUGGGGGCAAUUGCAGCGCAGGAGGGGCCCGAGGGGGAGCUGUACGAGACGGUGUCGCGGAUGGUGCAGGAGUGCGUGCUGGACGAAAGCAACACGAGAACGCGGGCCAUUCAGGUAAUGUUGGAAGCGUUGAACAGCCUCCGCCAGUGCCACGUGCGCGCCGGCCUGGCCAUCCCCGACAGGAAAGCCUCCGGCCGCCCCGCCUCCGCCCGGUCCAACGACGCGUCCUCGGGCCCAGGUUCCGAAGACCCACUCUCCGACGAUCUUCCGUCUCCCCUCGCCUGGCCGCGCGUCUACUACUUCGACGUCGACUAUCUCGCCGCCGCCAAGGCAGCCCAACAGUGCUCUGCGUUUUUCACUUCUCUCCUCUACGUCGAGCACUGGUGCGAACAGCAGUUCGGGGAGCUCACGUUGGGCGCGCCGGACUUCUCGGACGAAGAUCAGGUCCCGUUGCACGAGCAGCUUCUGCUGAACGUGUACGCGAAGGUCAACGAGCCGGACGGGAUCUACGGCGUGGCGCGCACGCACAAGGCCGCGUCGCAGCUGCGCCUCUACGAGCACGAGGGCAGCUGGGGCAAGGCGCUCGGGGCUUACGACGACCUGCUGCGGAGUGACGUUGGCUGGGGGGGGAGCGGCGCCGGGGGGGGACUGCGAGGGCAGGCGCUUGGCAGCCUCCAGGCGGACAUCUUUAGCCAAGGCGGGGGAGAGGGGUUCGGUGCGCGGCGAAAAGAGGGUUCGCGCGAGCAGCAAGCAUUGGUGCUCCAGAAGGGGCUGAUGCGCUCGCUGCAGCAGAUGGGCUGUCUCACGGUUCUCGACACGUACUGGCAGGGCCUCUCGGCGCAGAAGCGCGGGGCGGUCGUCGACCCGGAACUGGUCGAGCUGCAGUACGAGAACGCGUGGCGGAUGGGCCAGUGGGACCUCGGGAGCCUUGCCCCGGGGGAAUCCCCCGGGUACAAUGCGAUGCUGCACGGGGCGUUCAAGGCGCUCGGGGAGGGCAACAGGGAGGCGUUCCAGGGGGGGCUGACUUCAGCGCGGCAGGGCCUCGUGCGGGGGAUCGCGCACACCAGCGCGGAGAGCACGCAGAGCGUCAACCCAGCGAUUGUGCGGCUGCAGAUUCUGGAGGGGAUGGAGGAGGCCUGGGAACUGAAGUGGCCCGGGUCGGGUCAGACUACCGGGGUAGAGGCAGCCGCGGGACUGGCCCGCCCGACGGACGAGCAAAUGGAGGGGCUGGAGGAAGGGUGGCAGGAGCGGUUGAAGCAGGUGCGUGGCCACUUUGAGCUGCUUCAGCCGCUGCUAGAGGUGCGCGGCAAACUGCUGGAGUUAUUGCAGCGCGCCGACCGCCUCCCCGCGCACUUCCUCGAGCUCGCGCAGACUGCCCGCAAGGCCGGCCACCUCUCCGCCGGCGCCGGCGCGAUCCAUCACCUCAAGACCGUCGCCGCGCGCCUCGCUGCGGAACCGGAACGGAACGGAACGGAACUAGAAGCGGGGCUCCUGGUCGCCGGACGCUCGGAGGAGGCCAAGAUUCUAUGGGCGCAGGGCCAGCGCGAGAUGGCGGUGAAUCUGGCAACGUAUCUCGCCGGAAGAGCGGAACAGGGGCCCGAGCGCGCGCCGCUGCUGACGCUGGCCGGGAAGUGGCACGCCGAGACGCGCUCGGCGAGCUCACGUGUGAUUCUGGACGAUUAUUUGCUGGAGGCUGCGGGGCUGUACAUGAAGCCGGGGCCAAAAGGCCCAGGGUGGAAGGAGCGGCGGGCGCGGACGUACUUCCGGUGCGCGCACUAUGCGGACACGCUGUACAGAAACUACGAGCUCCGCACCAAGUCUGCGGAAUACCAGGCGGCCGCGCACCUGCGGCGGCUCAAGACCGCAGAGUAUGACAGCAUUAAUAACCGGCUGAAAGGCCCUCUCAACGCGGACGACAAGCAGGCGUAUAAAGUCAAAGCGAGCGAGCUGUACAAGCAGCUGCUGCUCGACCAGCAGCAGGAGGCGCGCUUCCAGGCCGACAAGGACGAGUACCUGCGCGUCGCGCUCAAGUGCUACUCCACGUGCCUCCGUUCUGGCGACAAGUACGACACGCGCAGCGUGUUCCGGCUCAUCGCGCUCUGGUUCAGCCUCGCGCACGACGACGCCACCAACGCGCAGCUGGCGGCCGCGGUGCGCGAGACGCCGUCACACAAGUUUCUGCCGCUUGUAUACCAAAUCGCGUCGCGCAUGAGCAGCUCGCAGACGGAGGAGAAGUCAUCGUUCCAGACGGUGCUGCAGGACCUGGUACUCAAGCUGACGUCAGAGCACCCGUACCACUCGCUCUACCAGGUGCUGGCCCUGAAGCACGGCGACCGCGUCAAGGACGUCCAGCGUAAUCGCCACGUGUUCGUGGUUGACGUGGAGAAGCAACGUGCUGCGGAGGAGGUCUUACGCCGGCUGCCCGCCCGCCUGGCGCCGCUGCUACAGCAGGUUCUCCGCUGCGUGGACAUGUACAUAAGCCUUGCCGAGGCGGAGACCAAGAAGGAGGACCAGCAGCGCAGCAUCCCUGUGCCGCGUUCAGCGCGUUCUGUGCGCAACCUUGAGCUGGUUCCCGUGAUCACCGCGCACAUCCCCGUCGACCCCUCCUGCCAGUACGCGAAGGGCACGUUCCCCUACUUCUGCGGCCUGACGGACAGCAUCAAGGUGAUGAACGGCAUCAACGCGCCCAAGCUGAUUGAGUGCCUGGGGUCGGACGGUCAGCGGUACCGACAGCUGGCAAAGUCCGGCAACGACGACCUGCGGCAAGACGCGGUCAUGGAGCAGCUCUUUGGGCUGGUGUCUGGUCAGCUCCAGGCGCAUCCCGAAACGCGCAAGCGGCAGCUCAACAUCCGGACGUACAAGGUCAUCCCUUUCACGCCCACGGCCGGGGUGUUGGAGUGGGUUAACGGGACGGUCCCGCUUGGGGAGUAUCUGCUUGGAAGCAACCGCACUGGGGGUGCGCACGGGAGGUAUGGGUCCAAGGAGUGGACCUUUGUCAAGUGCAGGGAGUUGAUUGUCAAGGCAACGGACAAGCGAGAAGCGUUCGACGCCAUACUAGCCAACACAAAGCCCGUGUUCCAUCACUUCUUCCUGGAGCGCUUCUCUCGACCCGCAGACUGGUUUGAAAAGAGGCUGGCGUAUGCAAGGAGCGUCGCCGCCAGCUCCAUGGUUGGGUACAUCAUCGGGCUGGGCGACCGGCACUCAAUGAACAUACUGCUGGACGAGGCGACCGCGGAAGUGGUGCACAUUGACCUGGGGGUCGCCUUCGAACAGGGCCUCAUGCUCAAGACGCCCGAACGGGUUCCGUUCCGGCUGACGCGCGACAUCGUGGCGGGGCUGGGCGUGUGCGGCGUGCAGGGCGUGUUCCGGCGGUGCUGCGAGGAGACGCUGGCGGUGAUGCGCGCCAACAAGGAGCAGCUGACCACCAUCGUCGAGGUCUUCAUCCACGACCCGCUCUACAAGUGGGCGCUCUCGCCGCUCAAGGCGCUGCAGCGACAGCGGGACGAGUCCCCGUCGAUCAGCGAGGCGCAUGCGGCUGACGUAGCGGGCGGGCUGGAGGCCGCCGAAGGCAACACGGACGCCACGCGCGCGCUGCUCCGCGUGAAGGAGAAGCUGGACGGGUACGAGGAGGGGGAGAUGCGCAGCCUGCAGGGUCAGGUCCAGCAACUAAUCCAGGACGCUCAAGAUCCCGAACGUCUGUGCCAAAUGUUCCCAGGCUGGGGGUCGUGGAUUUGACCGUUCUUCCGAAGCCGGUUGGGAUGUAGCACAAGAAAGGCACGCGAAUUGCGAGAUUACGCGCUUCCGAGUGUACUAUAGCACGCUCGCGAGGGUAGGUACAAGGUCCUCAGAAGCACCGGCUGCCUAGAAACGUCCUCUGGAGGCGGCUCGUAAGUAGUCUACUCACUACUGACCCUGCAAGGCACGUCUAAUGAACGAGAUCAUCACCUAAACAGAUCAAUAGCGCUUCGGACGUUGACACGAUAUACCUAGUGUUUACAUAAGGGAUCGGAGCUGCUUGCUCGACAUACAGUCCAGGGACUCCCACUGAUGGGCUCAUCUUAGAUAUGAACCUAUUAUCCUCAGCCCAAUUGGCAAUUAAGGCCGGCAAGAUUCAGAAGGAUCUGACCAGCCGAUCAAAAAGCGUGCAUGGUUCAGUGGGCUGUACUGAAAAGAAUGUCG